AUAAACCUAAAGAUAGCUAGAUGAAAUUCACUUUGAUUUUCAUUUCUAACUCUUUUCCAAAAAGCCAAUUUUCAAAGCAGGUUUUCUUGCUUUAUUUUGCCAUUUUUCCAGGAAGAGUUGAGAUACUGGUUUUAAGGGAUAUACUUCCAUUAAUCUUUGCUACUUCUCAUGUUCCACCCAUUAUAUGUGAACUAUGUGUAUCAUCAGAAGACAGAAAACAAAGAGCUGGUCUUCCCAAGAACAAAGUGUGGAUCAAAUUGAUUUUAAAAUUGCUCUGUGCCGUGCAAGCUAUGAAGUUCUAGAGGAAUACAGUCAGCUUCUUGGAAAAGCAUGUGUAAAAUAAUAUUUUGAAUCCAUUGUUUUUUGGUUUUUCACACAAUGACAAGUGUGGCAUUAUAAUUUAAGUGGAAGGCUUUUAUUGCAAAUUUAGCUUAAUAGAGCUAGAUUAACAAUAUAUGAAAUUAAACAAUUUAAGAAAGUGAAACCCUAGUGGUUCAGACAAAGAUCAUGGUUGGGACUAGCUGGCCACAGAUGAAGCCUCAGACCAGAAACAUGGUGGUGCGAAUGGAUCCAGACACAUUCUUCUACAACUUUUAUAAUAGACCCAUCCUUUUGCAUUGGAACACUGUCCGGCUGUGCUAUGAAGUGAAAAUGAAAACAAACGACUGCUCGAGGCCGCCUUUGGUUGCAAAGAUCUUGCAAGGCCAGGUCUAUUCGAUGCCUCAACACAACCCAGAGAUGAGAUUUCUCCAUUGGUUCCGAAAGUGGAAGCUGCAUAGUGACCAGGAGUACGAGGUCACCUGGUUUGUGUCCUGGAGCCCCUGCCCAGUGUGUGCAAGGAAUGUAGCUGAGUUCCUGGCCGAGGACAGGAAGGUCACCCUGACCAUCUUCGUGGCCCGCCUCUAUUACUUCUGGGACCUACAUUACCAGGAAGAGCUUCACAGACUGUGUCAGAGAAGAGACAGUCCGCAUGCCACCAUGAAGAUCAUGAGUUAUGGUGAAUUUCAACACUGUUGGGACAAGUUCAUGGACAACCAAAGAUUGUACAAGCCUUGGAAUAAGCUGACUAAACAUUAUACAGUGCUGCGCAUUAUACUGGGGGAGGUUCUCGGACACCUGAUGGAUCCAGUCACAUUCACUUACAACUUUACCAAUGACCCUUCGGUCUUUGGACAGCACCAGACCUACCUGUGUUAUGAGGUGGAGCACCUGCACAAUGGCACCUGGGUCCUGCUGCACCAGCACAGGGGCUUCAUACUCAACCAGGCUUCAAAUAAUCCAGGUUUCCCUGAAGGCCGCCAUGCAGAGCUGUGCCUCCUGGACCUGAUUUCCUUUUGGAAGCUGGACCUGGCCCAGUACUACACAGUCACCUGCUUCAUCUCCUGGAGCCCCUGCUUCAGCUGUGCUGAGAAGGUGGCUGAAUUCCUUCAAGAGAACCCACACGUGAACCUGCACAUCUUUGCUGCCCACAUCUAUGGCUAUCAACAAGGAUAUAUAAAGGGCCUGUGCAGGCUGAACAGAGCUGGGGCCCCAAUUUCUAUGAUGAAAUAUAGUGAGUUUAGUUACUGCUGGGACACCUUUGUGGAUCACCAGGAACACCCCUUCCAGCCCUGGGAGGGACUAGAUGAGUACACCCAAGCCCUGAGUGGGAAGCUGCAGGCCAUUCUCCAGGGAAACUGAUGGAUGAUCCUCAGUCUCUAAGGAAGGCAGAGACCUGGGUUGAGCAGUGGAAUAAAAGAUCUUCCUCCAAGAAAUGCAACCGGGCUGUUCACCACCAUCUCCAGGUGAUCAGACAGCAGCAAAGCAAAGCUUUUGACCAAGUAGAUUAUUUUGAAAAUUAGAGUGAAUUACCUUUAAUCAAAAAUUUAUGUGCUAUAGUAGUAAGACUGUGCUUAAUACAUUCAGAAAAGUUUCAAACCUACUAAUCCAGUGACAAUUUGAAUUGAGUUUAUAUGUAGAGGAAUACAAUGAAAUACUAAAUGUUUUCAUGUAUGUUUCCUUCUGUGAUUUUAUCAUGACUUGCAAGUGUUUACAUAAAUAUUAGCAAAUGUGAAAAAAAAAAUUUAUGUUUUGAAAAAAAAUUUUGUGUUCUGUCUGCAGAAGGUACUUAAAGUGGAGAGUUGCAUACAGAAAGAGCUAAUACAAACUAUUUCUGAUGAGCUGUAGAUACAUUUGCUAAAAAAAUUUAGUUAUUGCUAUAAUACGCUAAAUACAUGUUUAAUCUUUCUCUCAUAAUCUAAGUACUCUGGAUACAAAAAUGCUUAAGAAGUAGGUAUAUCAGAACUGUUUUCUUCUGGAAUCAAUGCAGUGCCAUUCUCAGUGGAUGAGGAGCUGAGAUUUGGGACACAGUGUUGUAAAUAGAGGAGGCCACACUGGCCUCUCUUCCUGUACUGUGGCCACACCCUGCUAUUAAUUAUCCAAGGAUAAACUAAAUUAUUUAAUUCUUCUGCUUUCUCUUAAAAUAAAAUCCAUACUCCUUGCUAUGGCCUAUACAGUCAUAUUUAGGAACCUAUCUAACCAAUGGCCGGGUACAGUAGCUCACGCCUGUAAUCCCAGCAAUUUGAGAGGCCGAGGCAGGCAGAUCACUGGAGGUCAGGAGUUGGAGACCAGCUUGGCCAAUGUGAUGAAACUCUGUCUCUACUAAAAAUAUAAAAAUUAGCAUGGGCGUGGUGGUGCACACUUGUAAUCCCAGCUACGUUGGAGGCCAAGGCAGGAAAAUCGCUUGAAUCUGGGAGGUAGACGUUUCAGUGAACCAAGAUCUCACCAUUGCACUCGAGCCUGGAUGACAGAGCUAGAUUCUGUCUCAAACAAAAAAACAAAAACUAGGCUGGGCACAGUGGCUCACAUCUGUAAUCCCAGCACUUUGGGAGGCCAAGGUGAGCAGAUCACCUGAGGUCAGGAGUUUGUUGCCAUCCUGGCCAACAUGGUGAAACCCCGUCUCUACUGAAAAUACAAAAAAUAUUACCUGGGCAUGGUGAUGUGCACAUGUAAUCUCAGCUAUUUGGGAGGCUGAGGUGGAAUCUUUUGAAUGUGAGAGGCAGAGGUUGCAGAUACUGCCACUGGACUCCAGCCUGUGUGAUAGAGUCAGAUUCCAUCUCAAAAAAAAAAACCUAACCAACCUGAUUUAACUCUUGCAACUCAUUCCUGCAUGCUAUAUCUCCUGUUUCCUCCAUCAAGAAUAUCCUUCUCCUUGAUAUAUCUUCAUAUGGCUGGAGCCUUCUCAUUAUGUGGCUCUUAGAGAAAGGUAUUACGCUUCAGAGAGGCCUGUUUCAACUAUCUUUCAUAAACUAUCCCUAUUCUACCACUAAUCAUCUUAUUUUUCUAAUAGCUCUUAUGGGAGUUUAUCAUUUAUUUGUUCUUCUAUUCCUCCUUCAUUCCUCUUUCCCUUUUUCUUCAUUUCUUUCCUUUUGCUUUGGUCUAUCUCCCUUGGGAAAAUGAAUAUUCCAUGAGAAAAUGGAUCUUAUCUGUCCUCCUUCAUUGAUGUAUCCCCAUUGCCUAGAAAGGCAAAAAUAAGAACUUUACAGUAAAGAAAAGAAAGCUGGCAGAUACCACCCGAAUCAAGUGAUCAAAGGGAGCCUGACAGUAAUGGGACAGAUCACUAUUAUGAGCUUGUUGAUAGGUUGCAAUGAGAAGAAAAAAAAAUCACAGAAGUAUCUAAUUACAAGGAAACAUCACACAAAGCUAAAUUUUACAAAAUAAUUGUCCUGUAAUAUUGAAGAGUGUCAGUAACAUAAAAGGUAAAGCUUGAGGAAUUGUUCAAGAUUAAAUGAGAUUAAAGAGACAUGUCAAGUAUACAUGAAGUACCUCAGAUUUGCUUUUGCUUUAAAGAACAUUACUGGGGCAACUGGAAAAAUACGAAUAGGGUGUUUACAUAAUAGUACUAUAUAAAUGUUCAUUUUCAGAUGUUUUACUGUGGUUAUAUAAGAAAAUUUCUCUGAUUUUAGGACAUACAGUAAAUUAUUUAGGGUUAAAUAAAUGUCAUGCCUGAAACUUACUGUCAAUGGGUUUAGGAAGAAAGUGUGUCUGUGUGUGUGUGUGUGUGUGUGUGUGUGUGUGUGUGUGUAGGCAGGACAUAGAAAUGAUAGAGAAAGUGUAGUAAAACGUUAAAAUUUGGAUAAUUUUGGGAAUUUAAGCAUGUAGUAAUUUUACUAUUCAAAUGCUGGUAUACCCUUAAUAUGCUUAAGAAAACACACGAUACAGUAUUAAUGUUUUACUUGUUUACAAGUUGAAUUGAUAUGAAUACCAAAGACUUUCAUUUUUCCUGUUGAAAUAAUUGUAGGUAAGAGUAGAGCUUAUGGGUUCCACUUUGAGAGUAACAUACAGGCUAAAUAUUUUCUAUACAGCUACUGAUUUAUUAAUAACCUCAACAGAAUUUUUUCCCACCUAACUUCCUUUGACGUAAAACAAUGUUCGCAGAAUUAAAGCAGUUUUUACAAAAGAAAUAAUGUUGAACGUAUAACCAAGACUUCGUCAAACCACUUUAAUUUCUAAAUAAUGAUGUUUUAUUUGUUUCUUGUACUUGGAAUUUUUACUCAGUAAAUUGCCAAACUCAAACCUUCAGUUGAAUGUCUUUUAAUUAAUAUGUGCUCAAAAAUGGCAUUUUUUUAUUUCAGAAAAUAUGUUGUUCUUCAAUUAUGUUUUUGAGGUUAUAAAAUAAAGGUGCAAAGCAGAAUUCAUAAUGAUUUUUAUUUGGCAUAAAAUUCUAAUAACAGGUGUUCCUUACAGAUUCCGAAUAGCUGAACUGUAAUAGGGGAACCAGAUUUAGUUUGUAAUGGGUUCAAUAUUGACCUUCCCUGCUGCACUACCUGUGUGCAUCAUGCUAACUUGAUAAAAUGGCCAGAAUCUGAGAAGCACCUUUGUUUAUGGGAUUGGAUACUUGCCAUAUCUUCAAAUAUAAUAACCAGCAUCCAACCAAAAAUUACUGAAGCAGAAGAGUGAAACAGAGUGCAUAAUAAGAGUGUGUUAGAGUCAUUUGAUGUGUUCUGAUUCUAAACUCAUUUGGCACCCUGUUCUCUGAUUAAAUCCGUGCUAGCCCCUUUUAUGACUAUUUUUAUAAGUAUAUUAUCUCAGCUCUACAUGGCUGAGUCAUUAUCAAACGCAAUAUAUGAAGCCAUGACACACACUCAAAGAAAAUGGAAGAGCUUUGGUAUUACAUGAAGAAUAAUACAAUGAAGUAGCUGUCCACAGUAAUAGAGCUACAGAGCAAAACCAGAGAUCCCAGUUUAAUUUACUAACUCAUGUUCGUCCAACAUAUCCCCUAUGAAAUAUAAUCAGAGUGAAUUGAGCCUUGUUUUUGUUGGGAGGGGCAUAAUAAAUAAAGGAUGAAACAGAAGUGAUGUUCAUAUUGUAAUGCCAAGUGAGUUAGCUCAAAAUUUAGAUUGAGAAAGGGAACUGACUACAAAAGCUUUGCAUUGGACAUUUACAUGACCCAGCAAGAAUUCUGAGCUCGGAGCUGCUUCUCCCAUAAACUUUUGAGAAUCAAAGACUAUUCGUGAUCACAAAAACUUAUAGUAGCUAGCUUUUUUAUUUUGACCCAAUAUCGCUCAUUGAAUGCAUUCUAAUGUCCCAUCAGUUUUGGAAAAGUAGUAAUGAAGCUUCUUUGAAUAGGGGCUUCCAGCCAACUUAAAUGGGACAAAUAUGGACAGCUACAUAAAGUACUGCGGUGAGUUUUUUUCAACUCAUUUUAUUCAAUGUGCUAGAAUUAUCGUGGCUGCUUCUUAAGGAGCUCAGAUUAGAACGGAACCAUCUCCAAAUUGCACCCUACUAAGUAGCACCAAGCCAAGUAAAAUGUUGCUACAUGAACCCAGAUCAUCAGAAACGCUGAAUCAGUUCCUGCCCAUUGUUUCUCAGCUUUCCCAAAUCCAUUUGGCUAUCUUCUGUAAGGACAAAGUGUCAAGGAAGCAAAAACAACUUUCAUGUCAUUCCCUGUGAGUCUGUCUCUUCAGGAAAUCUAUAAUCAACGCUUCUCUGGUACAGAUUAGGUGAUUUCAUACAGACUUAGCUUGUUCUCUCCUGGCUUAAGGACCUCCAACACUUUAUUUGCAAUCUCUGUUCUCUACCAUAUGCUAAUUAUCCAGAAAAUUGUGGUCAUUAGUUGUCUCCGGUUGGCUUACUACUUAUUAUACCUUGUUACCAGAUUACAAAUAUACACAGUCUUCAUGUUCAAGGAGAUUCUUUAUAGCCUCUCUUUUUGUUUCAAUUUAUUUUAUUUUAGAUUACAAAUAACUGUAUAUAUGGGGUGCAGUGUGAUCUUUUGAUGCAUGUAUACAUUGUUAGGUGAUUAAAUCAGGAUAAUUAGCAUAUCCACCUCAAAUAUUUAUUUGCAGUGAGAACAUCUUACAUCCUCUUUUAGCUAUCUUGAAAUAUACAAUGCAUUAUUAUUAACUAGAGUCACCAUGUUGUGCAAUAGAACACCAAAUCUCAUUCCUCCUAUUUAACUAAAACUUUGUACAUUUACCUGUUGCUGGAACUCUUGGCUUACCAAUUAUAUUAGUUUCCUAGGACUCUUGUAACAAAGUACCACAAACUGGGUGGCUUAAACAACAGAAAUUUAUUGUCUUACAUUUCUAGAUGUUAGAAGGCCAAAAUCCAAGGUGUUGGCAAGUUGGUUACUUCUGAAAGCUGUGAGUCACUGAUCCGUCCCAUUCUUGUACCUUCUUGUAGUUUGCCUGCAAUGUUUGGAAUUCUUUGGGUUACAGCUUGUUGCCUUCACAUGGUGUUCCUCCUGAGUACAUGUGUCUGUCUCCACAUUUCCCAUUUUUAUCAGAAUACCAGUCGUAAUGGAUUAGGGCACACCUUAGUGACCGUAUCUUAGCAAGUUACACCUGUAAUGACCUUAUUUUUAAAUAAGGUCACAUUCCGAAGUGCUAAAGAUUAGGACUUAAUGUGAAUUAUGAGAGACACAAUUUAAUGUGUAACACUCAUCAUCUUGUCACGGUGUCUUGAGGCCUCCUUUCUACCUUUUAAUAGUAUAUGGCAGAUACUAAUCAGUCAUUCCUUUUUAGUGUGUUUCUGUUUUUCACAGAUGUAUUUAAAUUACAUUUCUGUCUAUUCUACUCUACUUAUAUAGAUAGAGAAAUACUAUGUAUCUUCACUCCAGGGAGAUACUCACUUGACAAAAAUAUUAAUACAUGUAUAUGGGGCUAAGUUAAUGUAUGGUAUUACACAGAGUAUAAUAAUGAACAUUUCAAAUCAUAUUACCUUAGUUUUUUAUCAUCCUUAAAUAAAUCUUGUGAAGUUUUAAGUAUUACCAUCUUCAUCACUGAAGUUAUGAGAAGAUAAAUCACAUACCUAAAGAAAUCAAGGAAAGAUAGGAAAGAAUCACCGUAAGUCCAUUAUACCCCUCAAAUAACAUAACAACCAGUAUGAACUGAGAUAACUUUUAGACUGGGUAGUAGGAAUCACUGUUGCUACUACCUCCCUCAUUGUCACUGUUCUUGGUAGGUCUAGAUAUGUUUUAUACCAAUUAUCUGUUUUAAUUCUCUUAACCUUAAGAGACAACUAUUAGUUCAGUGCAAAAGUAAUUGUGUUUUUUGCCAUUACUUUUAAUAUUAUUCUCACCUUCAAAUAAGAAAAGUAAGACGUCAGUGUCACUUAGCAUUACCCACAUAUAAUCAAACACCAGUUUAUUUUAAUCCAAAGCUUAUCAGUGAAAGCUAAAUUUUAGGCAUACUAAUGAAUAUGAAUUUGGAGAGUAUGUGGUUUUGUAUACAAAGGAAGUUUUUUUUAAUGAAUGAAAAAAAAAAAAAACGGUAUAAUAUCAUCAAUCCAGAGUAAAGGAAGCCACUAGAGGUGGAGUAGGCAGAUUUUAGGGCUUCUGUGUUGACAGGAACAAUAUCUGACCAGAGGGACAGGGGCUAGACCUAACUGGGUGAGAAUAUGGAAUUUCAUAAAUGGACUGAUUCAAAGACCAUUGAGACUUAGGUAGAAAAUCUCCUUUUGAUCUACUUCUAACCUUUAUUAACAGUUAGUGAAAACUGAGCUUUAUAUCAAUGUGCACAUGAAAAAAGUGUUCAAUAUCAUUAGUUACAAGAAAAAUGAAGAGUGAAACCAUAUGGAAUGCCAAUAUGUAUCCACCAAAAUGGCUAAUAUGAAAGAGUUGACAGUAACAAAUACUGGCAAGUAUGUGGAGCAACUAGAACUCUCAUAUGUUAUGCGUCAGAGCCUAAAUUGGUACAAUUGCUUUAAAAAAAGGGUUUGACAGUUUUAUAAAAGCUAAAAUACAUCUUUUCUAUGACUCGGCCAUUAUGUUUAUUAUGUUUAUACACAAAGGAAUUUUUACAAAAGAAAUGAAAAUGUGUCUACAACAACCCUUAUAUUCAACUUUUUUUUUUUUUUUGAGACAGUCUCACUCUGUCACCCAUGCUAGAGUACAGUGGCACAAUCUCAGCUCACUGCAACCUCUGCCUUCCAGGUUCAGGAUGAUUCUCCUGCGUCAGCCUUCUAAGUAGCUUGAUUACAGACCCCUACCACCACACCCAGAUAACUUUUGUAUUUUUAGUAGACACAGGGUUUCAUCAUGUUAGCCAGGCUGGUCUUGAACUGCUGGCUUCAAGUGAUUCACCCAUCUUGACCUCCCAAAGUGCUGUAAUUACAAGUGUGAGCCGCCACACCCAGCCAGAAUGUUAAUAGCUUUAUUCAAAGUAGCAAAAAAUGGGAACAGCCUAGGUGUUCAUCAGUAGGAGAAUAUAUAAACUGUUGUUUAUUCAUACAGUGGAAUAUUAUGUAGUAGUUAAAAACAGCAACAUAAAUGAAUCUUAAUACGUGGUGAGUACAGGAAGCCCUACAUAAGGAAAUACAUACUUUUUGUAUUCACAUAUAACACCAGGAUAGGGGAACAUAACCUAUAGUGCAAGAAAUGAGAUAAGCCAUUCUUUUGAGGGCAGGAUUAGACAAAGAAAGAAUACAAGGGAACUUUCUAGAAUGAUAAAAAUAUUUUACAUCUUAAUAGGAUUAUGGAUUGAACUACACACUUUCUUUUUAAAUUUCAGCUUCUAGGAUCACAUGGUACAUUGUGUGAGUUUGUUACAUGUGAAUAUUUCCUGAUGCUGAGGUUUGUGGUAUGAUUGAUUCCAUCACCCAAGUAGUGAGCAUAGUACUGAAUAGGUAGUUUUUCAGUCCUUGCCCCACUCCUUUCCUCUCCUUUCUAGUAGUUCCCAGGGUCCAUUGUUCCAUUCUUUAUGUCCAUGUGUACCCGGUGUCUAGCUCCCAGUUAUAAGAGAGUACAUGUAGUAUUUGGUUUUUCUUUUCCUCAGUUAAUUUGCUUAGAGUAAUGGCCUCCAAUUGGAUGCUCCAACAUGGAUGCUCCAGUGGCAUCUGUGAUGCUUCAAAUGACAAGAUUUCAUUUUUUUUUAAUGGCUGUAUUCUAUGCUAAAACUAUAUGCUUUAGAUUUUUAUGGUUUACUAUAUAUGAAGUACUUCUCAAUAAAAAUAAUCUUUAGGAUUAUUAAGCUGUAUAGCUUAUAGGUAGUUCAUGUGUUGAAGAAACUACUACAUGUGAAUUUUUGUGCAUACCCACAUGUUUGUGUAGGAAUGAGCACAAACACAUAGGAACACCACAUAGCACAUGCAUGGUAACCAUGUUCCUUACAGGUCUGUUUGUUUGUGUUUCUUUUUCUCUUAGAUAAAGCCUUACCCUGUCACCCAGGCUGGAGUACAGUGCCACAAUCACAGCUCACUGCAGCCUUGACUUCCCGAGCUCAGGUGCUGCUCCCACCUCAGCCUCCCAAGUAGCUGGGCCCAUAAGCAUCGACCACCACACCCUGAUAAUUAUUUGUAUUUUUUGUAGAGAUGAAAUCUUGUCAUGUAGCCCAGGCUUAUCUAAAACUCCUGGGCUUGAACCAUCUCUGCCCGUCAUGGCCUUCCAAAGUGCUGGGUUUACAGUUAUGAGCCAAUGCACCCAGCUUGGCUUGUUUUUAAGUAUGAAAGAUAAUGAGAUAUAGGGUAGAUUGGACGUAUAAUGUCUUCUCAGAAACCAUGUUAAAGACCACUAUAUGAAAACAGCUGGGGAAUCCUCCGUUUCUUUGUCCAAAGUACUCCUCAAAUUGGCUUUACUGUCCCCUACCUACCCUCCCACAUUCUGGACUUUGCUCUGGACAUUCUCGCGAGCCAGAUCCUCAUUUAAAAUAAACCCAUUUGAAUUCACUGCUUAAAAAGGUAGAGUUCCCAUAAUGCCACAACAAAUCCAACUUGUGCAAAGGCAGUACUAAUUUUAAAACUCAAGUGUUAUGUCUGGUUUUUUCUUUUUUUUUAUUAACC